AUGCAAAGCACCAGCACGCCACUUCAGUCCAGGAAGAGGAAACGAGACAUCUCCAAUGUGGACAAGGAGGUGGGAGAAAGGAUCGGCAAAAUCCCCAGAUGCACCGUGGGGUUGAAGGAGCCAGCGCCUUUCGCCGACGAGCUGGUGCCAGCGAAUUCGCAGCCUUACCAGAGGGUCUGCAUGGAAGAGGCCAAACGGGGAACGCCGCCGGAAAGGCCCGUGAGGGUGUAUGCUGAUGGGAUCUUUGACGUUUUCCACUCAGGACAUGCCAGGGCUCUAAUGCAGGCCAAAUGCCUCUUCCCAAACACACACCUCAUAGUCGGAGUCUGCAGUGACGACCUGACGCACAAGUUCAAGGGCUUCACGGUCAUGAAUGAAGACGAGCGCUACGACGCCAUCCGACAUUGCCGCUACGUGGACGAAGUGGUGCGCAACGCCCCCUGGACGUUGACGCCAGAGUUCCUCGCCAAACACCGCAUUGACUUUGUGGCCCAUGAUGACAUCCCGUACUCCUCGGCUGGCAGUGACGACGUGUAUAAGCACAUCAAGGAAGCAGGCAUGUUUGCGCCCACCCAGCGGACAGAAGGCAUCUCCACCUCUGACAUCAUCACGCGCAUCGUCCGCGACUACGACGUGUACGUCAGGCGCAACCUGCAGAGGGGCUACACGGCCAAGGAGCUCAACGUCAGCUUCAUCAACGAGAAGAAGUACCAUCUGCAGGAGCGUGUGGACAAGGUGAAGAGGAAGGUACGAGACGUGGAGGAGAAGAGCAAAGAGUUUGUCCUCAAGGUGGAGGAGAAGAGCAUCGACCUCAUCCAGAAGUGGGAGGAGAAGUCCCGGGAGUUCAUUGGCAACUUCCUGCAGAUGUUCGGGCCGGAAGGAGCUCUGAAGCACAUGCUGAAGGAGGGCAAAGGUCGCAUGCUGCAGGCCAUCAGCCCUCGCCAAAGCCCCAGCAGUAGCCCCACUCGCGAGGAGCGCUCACCCUCGCCCACCUUCCGCCUGCCCUUCUUCAACAAGACCUCCCCGCCGCCCUCGCCGUUGCCUCACCACAGCGGGGCGCGGGGCUACCUCAUCAGUGAGGACGACGACGACGACAGCGAAGACGGCAACUAG